AUGGGCGAGUGGGGCUUCCUGAGCUCGCUGCUGGACGCCGUGCAGGAGCACUCGCCCAUGGUGGGCCGCUUCUGGCUGGUGGUGAUGCUCCUCUUCCGCAUCCUGGUCCUGGCCACCGUGGGCAGCGACGUCUUCGAGGACGAGCAGGAGGAGUUCGUGUGUAACACGCAGCAGCCGGGCUGCAAACCCGUGUGCUACGAUGCCGCCUUCCCCAUCUCCCACUAUCGCUUCCUCGUCUUCCACGUCGUGGUUCUCUCGGCACCCGCCGCCCUCUUCGUCAUCUUCGCCGUGCACCAGGCGGCCAAGCCGGGGCGCGGGGAUGCUCCUGGCCAGCGCGCCCGGCGCCUCCAGCCCUUCUACGUGGGCAGCGUGGUGGCUCGGAUCGCCGCCGAGCUGGGCUUCCUGCUGGCCCAGGCGCUGCUCUACGGCUUCAGGGUGCAGCCGCUCUUCGUGUGCCGCCGCCGGCCCUGCCCGCACCGAGUCGAUUGCUUCGUCUCCCGCCCCACCGAGAAAACCGUCUUCAUCCAUUUCUACUUCGUGGUGGGGCUGGUCUCGGCGCUGCUCAGCCUGGCCGAGCUCGCCCACCUCCUGCGCAAGGGACCCCCGGCCCGGCCCGGCUGCUGCCGCCGGCCGCAGGAGCGGGGCCCAGCUCCGGGGCAGCCGGCGGGGGCUGCGGACGGGCCCUGUGCUCCCCUCCCGCGGGGAGACCUCACCGUGUGA